UCUCUCUCAACCCAUUGCAUUUCUAAAACACAGGAAGUGCUUUUUGUGGUUGUCAGAGCAAAACUGUUGGGAGUUACACCAAGCUGAUCAGUUCCUACUUCACAUGGCUUCCACCCUCCACGGAACUAUUCGGAUUGCCCGGGAUGAUGCAGAAGCCAAGGAUUGAUCCCAUCGCCCAGGUCUUGAGGACUUCCGCGCUCGGUCACACUUGAGUCUCCGGCACUGAGAGGCGCCUGGCUCCGGACUGAGUUCUCAGACACCCCCACCCCCCUCCCCAGCGUCUCUCUCCCCCUGUCACACACACUCUGUCUGUAUCACCCCAGGACCCACCGCCCGGGAGAGCCGCUCAAAUUGGAGGCUCCUCUCAGAACAGGAGAAGAUUGAAUCGCUGCCGGGACUGAUUUCCCCCAAAGCCCCAGAGCAGCCGCAUUCCCUGAGGCUGCGAGAUGCCACGGUCAUUCCUGGUGAAAAGCAAGAAAGCGCACAGUUACCACCAGCACCGAGACAUCGAGGAUGUCUACAGCAGCAAGCUGGAAAAUAUUCUGGCGGAUAUCUGCACAGAGAGCAGGAUAUCGGAAGAUGCUUCCUACUGCCCAGAUGGAGUUUGUGUGGAUUCCAAGGGGGAAGGAUCGCCGACAUCUCGGCUGGUUUACACGGCGGAUGUCCCUGAGUCUCCGGCCAGUUGCGAGGGCAAUAACUGCGGCAGAGCCCCCGAGUAUGAGAACUUCUGGAGACCCCCUUCUCCGUCCGCAUCUCCAGUCUCUGAAAAGUCUCUUUCCCCCUCUAUGGAGGAGAACCACUCAUAUGCAAUGACUUUCAAACAGUACGGAUGGAAUAAUUACACAGGUUCUGACUUGAAAUACCUGGUGCAGAACUUCCGCCCCCAGGCCCUGGAACGGAAUUCCGCUGUGGGGCUGUACGGUGAACGGAACUCCGGCCCCGGUGUCUACAGUGAGCUGGGGCCCUCCCCGGGCCUGUACGGCGAGAUCAGUAACACUGCUCCCAGCUUGUACAGCGAGAGCUGCCACAGCUUUCACGAGAAAAGAACCGAAAUUAAAGCCGAGUCCGAGCUUCUCUGCAACCGGCUCCUCCUCAAUAAUGCCUCUUACAAAUGCAUCAAGUGCAGCAAGGUGUUCUCCACUCCUCACGGUCUCGAAGUCCACGUCCGGCGGUCUCACAGCGGCACCCGCCCCUUCGCCUGUGACAGCUGUGGCAAAACAUUCGGCCAUGCGGUCAGUCUGGAACAGCACAAGGCCGUGCACUCCCAGGAAAGGAGCUUUGACUGCAAGAUCUGUGGUAAAACUUUUAAAAGGUCUUCUACAUUGUCCACACACUUGUUGAUUCACUCUGACACAAGACCUUACCCCUGUCAGUACUGUGGAAAGAGAUUUCAUCAGAAGUCAGACAUGAAAAAGCACACCUUCAUUCACACAGGUGAGAAGCCACACAAAUGCCAGGUGUGUGGCAAAGCGUUCAGUCAGAGCUCGAACCUGAUCACACACAGCCGCAAACACACUGGCUUCAAGCCUUUCGGCUGUGACUUGUGCGGCAAAGGCUUCCAGAGGAAGGUGGAUCUCCGAAGGCACCGGGAGACCCAGCACGAUUUGAAAUAGGCAGCGGGUAGACGGUGGAGAGGAAGGAACGUUGUAGUGAGGCAGGUCGGCCGAGAUGACCCACAGCGUGUUCAUGUGCUCAGUGCAGGCUGGAGAUUGGAGUAGGGGCAAACUGAGGACCAGGUGGACUUCUCCGUGUGUUCGAGGCGUUGUCUUCUGUUUUAUAAACACUUCCGGCAGCUCAAGGCUAAUUUUACAUCGCCUCGGUAAAUCUUACAUAGUCCCGUUUCCAACUUAACUUUCUUAAGCAAAAAAAACCGUUCGACAUACUGUUAAAAGCUGAAAUGUGUGGAUUCACUAGAAAUUAAUUGUUCAAACCGUCAUCUCCUUUGUGGAAGAAAAGGAGAGAGAGAAGUUAUUUUAUAAAUCAAUUUGUAAUUCAUGACAAAAUUGCCUCGGCUUAAUGCCUGGGUGAUCAUGGUAUGUUUAUUGAUAGACCAUACAAAUGGGCGCGUUUCAGUCGCUUGUUUGUUGAUGGUAAAAAUCCCCACCCUGUAAAGCAAAACUUUUACAAUUUGACUCCCUGCUAGAGACAAUAAAAUCAGAACGGGACCCCGUCCCCUCAGCCACCAGGUCUCCAACAGCCUAAAGACAAAGCCUCAUCAAAUCCAACACCGUACUUACUAUUGUCUCUCGAUGGUUAUCCUUUCUCAGGAGAUGAAAAUGACAAGAGUUCAACUCAAUUAAUGUUCGAGAGGGGACAUGGAAUGAAACAAGUUAUUGGGGAUAAACCUUUCUCCCGCUCCCUAAGAAUAUAUUUUUGUAUCUUGUUCGUGAGGGAAUGGUGGGGUCCAAUGGGGAGGUGGUGACAAGGCAAGAUUUGGACUCAUUCAACGUUCAUGCGUUGACACGAGGUUAAAAUUGGGCCUGUCCGUUAUAGUGUCAGAAACGUAGGUUUUAACGAUGAAUACAGAACGAGAGGGCGCUUCAUUGUCUCUCUGUCGGCGAAGAUCCCUAAAUUGUACAAAGUGUACUGAGGGGCAGGGUUGGUGUAGCGGCCAGACCCUGGGCGGUGUUAAAAGUUAACGGAUAGCAAUCGGAUGCAGUUGGACACAGAUUGAUGCCUGUUCAACCGCUCCCCCUCCACAUGAGUGAACAGAAUAAAACGUGAGCGAAGCUGGUUAUUUUCUGAGUGCGAGUACCAAAUGGUCAGACGCUCAAACUAUAUUUCAAUGUUUGUAUUUUCCUGUGCAAACUUCAAUGAGAGUGUGCUAUUAUAAUCUAUUCGAAUUUAUUUAUUC